CGAUUGGGUGAUGUCAUGAAAAGUGGCCUUCCACAAGCUCACUUAAAUCGUUUUGAUUUAGUAAAUGACUGCAGUGUUUUACAACGAGAUUUUGUUUUGUCUAACAUCGUCAUUUAAAACAGACUAUAAUAUUACUGUUCUGCAAUGGCCGUACCCCUGAAAGUGUGCAUCAUCGGUUCUGGAAAUUGGGGCUCUGCCAUUGCAAGAAUCAUAGGCAAUAAUGCACAAAGACUCCAACGCUUCUCCUCUACAGUGAAAAUGUGGGUCUUUGAGGAGAGUAUCAACGGCAAGAAACUGACAGACAUCAUCAACACAGAGCAUGAGAAUGUCAAGUACCUUCCAGGUUACAAGCUGCCUGAGAAUGUGGUUGCAGUGCCUGAGCUCCAAGAUGCAGCAAAGGAUGCUGAUCUGCUGGUGUUUGUAGUGCCACACCAGUUCAUCCGCAAACUCUGCGAUGAGAUGGUGGGCUGUGUGCCUAAGACUGCCUGUGGUAUCACUCUUAUCAAGGGUAUUGAUGAAGGACCACAGGGACUUCGACUUAUUUCUGACAUCAUCAGAGAGAAGAUGGGCAUUGAUGUGAGUGUGCUGAUGGGUGCCAACAUUGCCAAUGAGGUGGCUGCAGAGAAGUUCUGUGAAACUACAAUUGGCAGCAAGGUCAUGGAGAAUGGCCUCCUGUUCAAGGAGCUGCUGCAAACUCCUAACUUCCGCAUCACAGUCGUAAGUGAUGCUGACACAGUAGAGCUGUGCGGAGCCCUAAAGAACAUUGUUGCUGUGGGGGCAGGCUUCUGUGACGGGCUGCGCUGCGGUGAUAACACCAAGGCAGCAGUGAUCCGCCUGGGGCUCAUGGAGAUGAUUGCCUUUGCCAAGCUCUUCAACAAGAAUGGUGCGGUGUCUUCAGCCACCUUCCUAGAGAGCUGUGGUGUGGCCGACCUCAUUACGACCUGCUAUGGGGGCCGCAACCGCCGUGUGGCCGAGGCCUUUGCCACCACAGGAAAGAGUAUUGAGGAGCUGGAGAAGGAGAUGCUCAAUGGCCAGAAACUCCAAGGACCAGCCACCUCAGCAGAGGUCUACCACAUCCUCAAGCAGAAGGGCCUGGUGGACAAGUUUCCACUCUUCACUGCUGUUUACCAGAUCUGCUUUGAGGGGAAGCCAGUCCAGGAAAUGAUCUCCUGCCUUCAGAGCCAUCCUGAGCACAUGUAGGCACCAUUAGCUAUGUCCCAGUAGAUAGAUUCCCAGUGUUCAUUAUCUACUAAUGAACCUCUGUUCUCAAGGACUGGAGGUGUCCAAGUGGAUCCACAGCACAACUAUACUGACAGGGAGGUCAUUGAAUUGUAAAUUUUAAAAAAAAAAAGAGGGGGGUGGUGUCAAUAGGCUGAGGCACAUGCUGUAGCAGCAUUAUUGUGCUAAAGAUUUUCACACUAGGACAAGACACCACUCAGCUGUCUUUUCUGUGCUUAUGUUUUCUAUUCACUUAAUUUUAUUCUUACUUCCUGCAUUUUAAUUAAAUGCCACUGUAGCAGACAUUGAGGAAGAAAAAGCAACCUCAUACACACAGUAUGUACUAGAAGUUUUUGUUUAUUUCUAAUUUAAACGAGUCAUAUCAUGGGCUCUUUACAGCCUUUCUGUAUUAUCUAAUGGAACAAAGUUCUGCUGGAUUGCAGCCUGCCAGGACUAGAACAGCCAGGUUUUUAUAUAGUGGAAUUAUUGUCCCCAUUUUUCCUUCAUUUGAUACUUGUUUUAAUAUUUUGCUGUUUGUACUUAAGACAGUACACAUUUAUUGGAUAACUUUUUAUAUUUAUAGUUUUAAUGGGCAUAUAGC